AUGGCGGCUCCCCCGCCCCCCCUGAUCGACUCCCACGUCCACCUGUACCCCGCGAGCGAAGCCGCCUCGCUGGCGUGGUGCCCGCCCGAGCACCCGCUGCACGGCCAGCGCUCCGUCGCCGAGUACCAGCAGGCGACGGCGGCGGCGACGGCGGCGGCAACGGCGCCCUCUCUGGCCGGCUUCGUCGCCGUCGAGGCCGACCGUACGAGCGCCCUCGACGACCCCGACCUGGACCUGGACCCCCUCCAUGACCCGGACCGCGACUCCCACCACCCCCCCGGCUGGGACGCCCCCCUCCGGGAGGUCGCCUUCCUCAGCCGCGUGGCCCUCGGCCAGCCCCGGCCGGGCGAGGGCCACGCCGCCGCCGACGCGCGCCUGUGCCUGGCCAUGAUCCCCUGGGCCCCGGUGCCCAGCGGGCCCGCCCUCCUGGAGCGCUACCUGGAGCGCGUCGAGGCCGCCGCCGGCGCCGCGUGGCCCAAGGUCCGCGGCUUCCGCUACCUCCUGCAGGACAAGCCGCACGGCACCAUGCUGACCGACGCCUUUGUCGACGCCCUCAAGCUGCUCGGCCGGCGGGGCUUCGUCUUCGAGGUCGCCGUCGACCAGCACCGCCGCGGCAAGAGGCAGCUCGACGAGGUGGCCGAGAUGAUAGGCCGCGCGCACGACGGCGUCGCCGACGACGCCCACAAGCUGACCUUUAUCCUGAACCACCUGUGCAAGCCCGACCUGGCCAUCUACAACGUCGCCUCGGACCCCGGCUUCCGCGCCUGGCGCACCGCCAUGUACGCCCUCUCCAAGGCGCCCCGCACGUACGUCAAGCUGUCGGGCGGCUUCGCCGAGAUGCCCGACGCGCUGCGCGCCCAGCCCGCCGCGCACGUGUUCCGCUCCGUCCUGGCCUGGCUGGGCGUCGUGCUCGCCACCUUUGGGCCCGCCCGCAUCAUGUUCGGCAGCGACUGGCCCGUCUGCACGCUCGGCGGGCUGGGCGACGACGCCUGGCCCAAGUGGCGCGACGUGGUGGACAAGAUGUGCUGGAUGGCCAGCCUGUCGGACGAGGAGCGCGCCAUGGUCUUUGGCGGCACCGCCCGGCAAGCGUACGGUCUGGGGUGA